AUGUAUGUCCUAACGAUCAUUAAAAAAAUACAACAUCAUACUCCUCAUCCCCAUCCCCCUCUUACUCUCUAUCUUUACAAACUAGAAAAGGAAAAUAAAGCACAUCAGAGAAUCUUCCUUCCCAAUAUCAACAACUUUAAACUAAUAAAAUUUGUACAUUCAUACAGCUUAAUCAUUUCUUACUUUUGCAGGUUCAUGAGCACAGGUGACUCUCUCCUUCCCGGAAAUCUUGGUAUGAAAGAUCAGGUCCUUGCACUGAAGUGGAUAAAGCAAAACAUUAGAGCAUUUGGUGGUAAUCCAGAUGAAGUUACUAUUUCCGGUCAGAGCUCAGGAGGAUCUGCAGUACAUUACCACUUGCUGUCACCAUUAUCAAAAGGUCUUUUCAAACGAGCUAUAGCACAGAGUGGAUCUGCACUUAGUCCUUGGGCAUUUACUACAAAUGCUACUGACAGAACAUUGCGUUAUGCAUCAUAUUUGGGAUUUAUUGGAGAGACCACUUCAGAACUUAUGGAGUUUUUGAUGACUGUUGAUGCAAAGGAAUUUGUCAAAGCAAGGGGGCCAGCUCUGGAUCCAAAGGACCGUAAAAAUGCCCUUAUCUGUGUUUGGGCUCCACAUGUGGAACCAGAAAAUGAAGGUGCAUUCCUGACUGAGCAUCCAGCGAAACUAAUAUCAGAAAACCGCUAUACGCAUGUGCCAUACUUAACAGGUGUAACAAGCUAUGAAUUGCUUGUUAGGACACAAGAAAAGCACAACAUAAGCUGUUUACCAAAAUCUUUCUUGAACUUUAUGAACACUUGUGAUAAUAAUGAAAUAACAAUUACUUACAUCAAUUCCAAUGGUCAUUUGUCAUUUACAACUGAUUUGGCUAUUGUUAGUGGCAUUUUAUUCACUGUCUUGUCCAAUACAUACUUGGAGCAGUAUGCAUUCACAAAAUUAAAUAAAAAAUAUAACGAGAAAUGUAUUCUCUGCCGUGAUCUUGACAGCUUUGUGCAGAGUACGGAUGUAAAUAUGAAGGAAGAUCUAGAUAUAAAAGCAGUUAAUGUAACUGGCAUGAACUUUUUAUAA